GUGGCGUCAGGCGCCGCCAUGUUGGAGGCGGUGGCGGGGAUGGCGGCGGCGGCGGCGAUGGCGGAGGCGCGGCUGCGGCGGAAGCAGCUGCUGAGCGCGGAGGAGGCGGAGCUGUUCGAGCUGGCGCAGGCGGCGGGCAGCGGGCUGGACCCGGAGGUGUUCCGGGUGCUGCUGGACCUGCUGCGCAUGAACGUGGCGCCGCUCGCCGUCUUCCAGGUGCUCAAGUCCAUGUGCGCCGGGCAGCGGCUGCCGCCGGGACCCGAGGCCGGACCCCCCGCCGCGCCGGCGCCGCUCCCCGCCGACACCCGAGGUGCGAUGGGCCACUCAAACUGUGAAGGAACUUUGCAUAUAGCCAUGGUGUUCUGCAUGGAGCUGUGUUUACUGGUAACUGAAUUCUUGAUAGCUGGCUCCAAAUUCUGGUUGUUUGAGUGUUGGAGCAUCCAUCUGGCAUAUUUAGCUAGAUACAACUUCAUGCAAGCUGCAUUGGAAGUGGUUCCUCAACUGUUGAUUUGGGAGGUAAAGAGCUGAUUUUUAAAGAGAAAGGAUAUCCUGGGCAAUUUCUUUCUGUGAACGCGAGGAGGAGGUGUGCAUACGCAUUAGGACAGUGGUGUUGGUUUUGGCCUAGACUAGGUAUGUGUAUAGUUUACCUUUGUGUAGUUAAAUAUACCAUUUUCUUACAUAUUAUUUCCAUGCUUUCCGUUCCCAUCAGCCAACCUUCAAGCUCCUGGUGGUUUCCCUGCAGUUUUCUACCUCUCUAUUGACAUGCAUAUGUCAAUGCCUUGCUCUUUUUUCUAGGCUGAUGAAUAUUCUUUGAUGCUUCUCUCACUCUUUGCACUCCAACUGGCUUUUCCACAUUCCCCACUUCCCCAGCCCAAGUGUCUUCCAUAAAGUUACUUCCCAAAGCUUUGCCCCAGCUUAUUUCUUGUACUAAAUGUCGUGUUAACGUGAGCUUGCUUUUCAAAAUCCUGUCUCCAUUGUGGGCCUCUCACCUGGUCUAUGGAUUUUGAGGCUGCAAGGAACUGUUGCAGCCUCCUGUUCUGCAUAGCAGGGGUCAGAAUGCUUUCCUACUCUGUGAAACUCCGUGUUGCACUUAGGUGCCUGUUGGAAAAGCCACUGAGCCCACCACCGGCCAUGGGCAGGGUUCAUGGGGUGUGUUUUCUUGCCUGUGUGGAAAAAUAAGCUUUUGAGAAUUGUAAGUCCUUUUCUGCUCCUGCAUUUGUAACUACUUUCUUCCUGUGUAAAUACUUAGAUAUGGUCAAGGUCUCUUCCAAGUGUUGUUGUUCGAUUAUUUCCUAAAUAUUCCUCCGCCUACUGUGCAGCUUGUUGCCAACUUUGUCCUCCCUAUGCGUUCCUCUUGCCAGCCUUGUGUUUUGUAGCUUUCCCUGUUCAUCCCUUUUUCUCACUUCUUAUUUCUUGCACUUUCUCUGUGUUGUCUGUCUCCAGCUGUGGUCAGCCUUUUGGUAUGACAGCUAUUGCUGCAAGGGCCCAUGGUGACUGCCAUCACUCUUGGGUACUGCUGGCUGGCCACGCCAGCUGCUUUGCAUUCCUCUUACACUCACCCUGGACUUACUCAGCCUCAUGUUGUCUCAGGGUUCAUCUUGAUGUGGUAUUUGUAAUGCAGACUUCUGUAUGAAGGAGAUAAGGUAGCUAACAAGGAUAAUGCUCUGUGGAGCAGUGGAAGGAAUCUCCCCAGAGAUGCUAAGGAUUUCUCUUAAAUGUGUUUAAUCCAGUUUUUGUACAUCAUACAGUGAAUUUUCCUGUUGGUUAUACUUGCUAUUAUGCUUUAAUUGUAGAUGAAAUAUAUCCAUGGGACUGGACUAAUAGCAAUGCAUUCUUAAUUGUGCCGUGCACCUGUAAAUGUUGUACCGGGACACUGCAUGGUCUGUAUGUCUUCCCUGAAAAAAAAUCUGUAGAAUAAUCUGUAGGUGACUUAUAGGACUAAUCAAAGGACUAAUAGAGUCCUGAUCAUGGUUUUCUUACUUAGUUGCUUCACUCAUACUCAGGUUUUUUCAGUACUUCAUCAAUACCGCUCCAAUAAGUGGAUUUCCUAAAUUCACUAAAGAGCAGUUAGAUUGCCUUCCAGAUCUUCAUCCUGCUAACUCUUACUCCCUCUAACUCUUUCUACCAUAAGCAGCAGAGUUCAAGCCUUUUGAAUUAGAGGCCUUUAUUCUUGUUUUGUGAAAUGAUGGUCAUGAUAAUUAUACAGGGCAAGAAGUUUUGUGUUUAGAGCAUUCCCGAUGUGGAGUUGUUGCUUCCCCUCCCCUUUCCCCUCAGGCUCCUGUUCCGGAAUGCACUUUUUUUUUUAAUUUUAACUUUUCUGUAUCGGUAGGCAUUUCUUUAGUCCAUCAGCAACUGAGUAGCUUCAAUUUAUAGACCUUGUUCAUCUUGUGGUACAGAAAUUAUGGUGAAGUAUUUUCUGGAUUGCAGGUGAUGUCUUCAUUUAUUUUACAACCGAUUAAAAAAUUUCUAGCUGUACUGUGCCUUCUUGGAUGGUUGAAAGUCCCUUGGUUAAAGUUCCAGCUCCUUUCCCCUCCUGGGAGGUUAUAGUAAAUUUCAGUACUCUCAAGAUACAGGUGAUGGGUAGUGUAGUAGUCUUUUCUAUUCAGCAGAAACAGCAGUCAAACAGCUUUUAUUUCUUUUUCCUUAUCCCAGGAAUAACUUGCAAAAAGUCUAGGCUGGAAUGCUCAAAACCUGACGUGGACCUAGUCCCAAAAGAAUAGGUGGCUUCAUUGUUCCUGUGAAAAUAUAUUUUUCUCUGGGCAAUGUACUUUGAAAACUGAAGUCUAGACAAACUUGUCAUUUUAUGGAAUGUUUACCUUUUGAAUGAGGAAAAGGCUGUAUUGGAUGCUGUGAUGCAACCUGCACUACUGUGUUUUGGGAAGGAAUCUGUUAAAGACUUCCAUCUGAGUAACCUUUUCAAGGGGGAAAAAAAAAAAAAAGCAUUAUCUGAGAGGUACAGACUUCUUCUAUUCUCUUUUUCUUUUAAGCGUGCUAUGUUCUUUGCAGUGCUCUACGUACAGUGGGAGCGUGUUGCAGACUUGCCAAAUCAUUUAGCUAUGAGUACGUGGCUGUGUCCAUUGGAGAAGCUGGUGGCUUUUGGACAGGCUGCAGUUCAAGAGGAAACACUGUGUGCUGAUGUAUUCCCUGAAGGUACUGGGAUCCCUUCAGUAGCCUGGGUGGUUCUGUGUAAUGUUUUUAUAUGUGCCCUAGGUGUGAGGGACAUGGAUGGGCAAGUUAAUGCGGAUGGAUAGCUAAAACCAGGACUUGGAUGGCAUUGGCAGCGCUGUCAACAUGAGCAAGUAAGUAGUAGAGAGGACUGGGGAUCUCUGGCCAGUGUAGGUCUCUCUCUGGUCAUUCUUCCUCCACAGAAGGUUUGCAGGUUUACCUGAGGCUGUAAGGCUUCUUUGCUGGGUAUUUGAGCUAAACACUGCACUAGGAUUUUUUUAGUAUGUCUUUUCAGGCUCAUUUUCAAGCUUUUUUUUUUUUUUUUUUUUUUUUCUUUUUCACGCUCUGUGAGGCAAGUACUGACAGAAAGAAAAGGGAUUUAGAGGGGUACUGUAAUUGCCAGACUCAUCAUGUGUGGCUUUGUGGCAAAGUAAUGAGAUUUGAGUUCAUGAGUGACAACUCAUUCUUCCGCCCCCCCCCCCCCCCCCAACCAAAGAAACACUCAGAAAAAUCUUACAGACUGAAUAGACCUCUCUGAGAAAAAUGAGGGACCUUUUCUCCAUCUACUCUUUCUGUAAUCUAUGUGCAAGAGAAGGGGAGGAAAUGAGACUGUCCCAAGUGUGGUGAUGAAAAUUAGUAAAAUGAGGAGCAACCAGGAGCAUGUGAGAAUUUGUAGGGAAAAGGCUGGUGUGUUUCAUGUUGGUCCGUGGAUGGGAGAGGAGCUCCUGUGACUCUGCUGAGCAGCCUUGAAGGGAGCCAUCUUUCAAAAGAGUGGGAGAGGUGAAUGAAAACCUCGUCUUUGGUAAACCAGACGCUUCAUGGGUCGUCAAGUUGGCAGCCUCCCAAGGUAACAUAGAUAGUAGAGUAAGGGAGACUCCAUCCAUUGUGUAGAUGAGAAUGAAGUAUUAUUUCAGACAGUUGCUUUGGAAAAGGACUGUCAGAUUGAUCAGACUAAUGCAGACCUCUGCUCUGGGAGGGGGGAAUUGCUCUGUACCUUAACCUACCUUCAGACAUCUCAUUUAGAUGCUUCUUACCUGAUGUGUUAAACUGAGAUGUUUGAGCACCUAAGGAGAGUUGUCAGUAUGUUGAAUAGGAUCUGGGACUUUGUUAAUGUAAGCUUGCUUUUGCAGUGGUAUCUAGUAAUGCAGUUGAAUACCUAACCUGUUAGGAAGAAACAAGCUUGGAGAAGAGAGGAAGCUGUUAAGUUCUGUGCAGGUGAUUUGUAGGCCUGUGUAGGUGUCCACUUAUUUUGUGUUCUCUUCUUUCUCCAAAUCCUUCUCUUCAGAUAAGGGUUCGCAAGAGAAAAUGUGCUUAAUGAUCCUCUGCUCAAUGCAUACUUAAGGUCUUAGUUAAGUAUUUUGGAAAAGUGCAUUUGAAAACCAUCUUCUUACUUUUUCCUCUUCCUGUGUUUCAAAACAAUUCAGCUGGAUUUGUUGAGAUGUAUUUUGCCAGUCUUACCUGUCUGCUUUACUCUGUCUUCUCAGGGAGACUGCUUUAGCAGGGGUGAUAUUUUGGCUCUGAAGAGAACCCAGUGUGUGUAUUAGCUGUUAAGAUAUGGCAGCAGCUUUGAAGACCUGAGAACCUGCCACUUUGUGUUGCAGAAGAGGACUACUUGUGAUACUUAUGUAGGGAUGUGAGCAAGACUCUGCAGGGCAAACCUGGCAGUCUGGCAAAGGAUUGGGUAUAAUGAGCCAGUCACAUACUGGGACUGCUUUGGGGAGUGAAGUCUAGCCAUGUCUGAGAUUCUUCCAUGGUCAGGAGGUGAUAGGAUUUGAAGUGAGUCCCAUCACUGUGCACACUUCUGGUGAUUGGGCAAAAGGUGUCUCUUUAGUCCUCUAGGUAACGCAUAGCAAUUGCAAAAAGGAGGGACUUCUGGCCUUACAAGUUUGUUUUGUUCACACCUAAAACUGAGUCUUUGGUUGUCUAGAAAGGCCAGCUGAUUUACUGUGCCCAGUGUAAGCUCUACUGUGAGACAGAAACAGGAGCAGGAUUUUGGAGAAUUUAAAAGUACUCUCAUGAUUGCUCUAGCCCAUAGUCACUGCCAAUAUGCAAUACAAGAAAUAUUUUGAGAUUGCUGCAGCCCUGAUAUCCCUAACUGUGUUACAAGUAAAUGUACCUAUAUAUAUAUUUAUUUAUUUAUUUUACCAGUGGGAGGAAAAUCUGUAGUCCUUGCUACUGCUCAGAGGCAGGAAAGGAUCCCCUGGGGAAAGCAGUAGGUUGAGUGGAGAGGAGACUGAAUGAAAGAGCUUUGGAUUUCCACUUCUGAAAGUGUAUUUGGGGUUGGCGUUCCUUUCCUAAAUCUGAUGGGUCUUCACUUGCCUCCUGCUUGACGCAAGAAGGUGCUUCUUCCUCCCUCUGCUUCUUAAGGGUUUCUCUUCUUGCCCUGUUCCACCCUGAAGACUCCUGCCUCAGCCUCUCCUAGAGGUGGGUGUAGCCUUUUGGCCUCAGGUUUUGUCAGAGAUGAUCAGCAUUAAUGUGUCCAAGUGAGCAGCUUGAUCACAGUGGGCACUGCUGUUUUUAAAUGGGGGAAGCUAGCAGUCAGAGGUAGGUAGGGCACACUUCUGCCACUGCUUGUGUGCAUAUACCAUUCUUCUUAAACUAUGGCUGGCUCUUGAGAUAAACAUGUAGCUGCCUCUUUUGGAGUCAUCUUUGGGAAGGGAGGUAUUUGAUUAGGCUGUCUUUUGGCUUGUCUCUGGCAUCUGUAUCUAUUUGGGCUGCAGGUGUUCUAUGACAGCCAGACACGUCCAAGAUUAGGACAUCUUGUGUCACCAAGGAAAAUAUCAGUGGAAUCCUUUUGUUCAUCUGUAGUACUUGAAUUAUAGAGUUUGUGGUUGUUCAACUUCUGUGCUUUGCAUUAAUUGAAUCUGUUAUCUCUGAUAGUGUUUUAACUGGUAGAAGUGCACAAACCAUGCCUGUCCUUGCACACUUCCUGAGCUAUUCUUGACUGGUUCAUGAGUCAAGAUAGGAUGCUUCCAAAAAUGUAGUUGGUUUUUAUGCUGUUUAAGUAACUGGUUUGUUUUACUGUGAUUUUGAGGCAAAGAGGGUGGAGGGCAUGUGCUUUGUCUGAGCACGGCUUCUCUUCAAUAAAGUGAUUCUUUCUACCCAAGUUGUUUCAGCUAGGUCAGAAGAUCAAGGGCCUGACUCCCAAUAGUGCUUAAUGGUACAGUUGUUUUGUAUGUGCACAUGGUUAGAGUUGUCGUACACAGGUUGAGGACUUGCACUCUUACCGGAUGGAUGCAUGGGAGAAGGGGGAGGGCAUUCACCUAUAGAGAUGUUCUGGAUUGCUAAAAGCAUCAUGGUGAGCUAUAAUGCUUUUUGUUCCUGCCAGUUUUUCUCUCAAAUACUGUGAGAUCAUGUAUUGCCUUUGUGCAAUUUGUUUGUUUUCAUGGACAAUACUUGCAUUAGUGAAACUGCUUAAAGUGCUUGAGCUACAAAGAAAGACUGCAAGGCUGAUUGGCUGGCUUGGGAUGAUAACUGCUGGCAGAUCACUAGUGUGGUUUACAAUAAUAGACUUUUUUAAGAGCACCUGACUUGGCUGGGAUAAGUGAAUAUAUUUCUUUUGCCACUCCAGUCUGUCAAAUUUUACAGAUAUGCAGGGGCCACAUACUCUUAUUUGGAAGUUCUCAGGCUGUCUUUCUGGUGCUGCAAGGUGUUAACCUGUGGUGUUGAUGUGAGUCCUAUUCUCAGACAGCUGCUCCAAGGAGACAGGAUGGUUUGGUAAGUAAACCAGACAUAUCUCCAGUCUGUGUGCUGUCCAUAGCACAAAUGAUCCAAGAUGAUGAUUUCCAAUCCACGCCCAUGGAGACUCCAGUGUGUGGAGUAGCUGUUCGUAUUCUGAAAGUUGCUCUGAUUAACGAUUGCUAAAAGUGUCACUCUCCAUUUUAAGUUGCAUGCAUGUAACUACAGUAACUGCAGCUCACUGUAUUCCUGUGUUUUGUUUCCUCCUUGAUAAUUUUUUUAUGAAGCUUCUUGGAGCUUGCUAUCUUUAGUAAAAGCUGUGACCCUUUUGCCUCAUGUUUCUUUUAUUUUUGUAAGGAUUCCUAAUGCAAGUCCUACUUCUUAUAUGAAGUAGUUCUCUCCAGUGCCAAGAAAAGUCAGUCUCCUUCACUUAUCCCCUCCUGUCAUUUGUUUGCAGUACACCUUAGCCUGUCACUCUCUCCUCUGGCUGAAUCCAGCAGGGUGGGCUGCGUGCCCCUUGCCUCCCUCAACUUCUACCUUUCUACCCAUGGCUUCUCUCUGCUGUGUCACUGCAUUUUGGAGAUGGUCAGUUGUGCCUACAGAAGGAUAACUCUUAUCUUCUGAACACAGUAAGAAAAUCUGUGAGUAGGUCCUGUGUAGGAGUCUGAGCUCCUGGAAACUCCAGAAAAUGAAUCCAAACUUGCUUAUCAAGUCACAGAAGUGACAUGAAGAGAAGGGUUUCUGAUCUGAGAAUGUGGCUGCAGGCUUCAGAAACUGAGGGACACUGGCACAUUGGUUCACUUAUCCCAGCCUUGAGGUGUUAGAUGCUCUUCAUUUUCUCCUUGAAGUGCUGUUGCAAUGCUGGUGUUCCUGUGCCAAAUAAAAGCAAGUGUUUAAAGAACGAAGUGGCUGGUUACUUCAUAGAUUAAACCUGAUGAAAAUUAAGAAUGCUCCUACUGCAGCUUGUUUUGGUUUUGUGGCCCUGAUACCUCUUGAGCUGAAUUCACAAAUUAGCUUUCUGUGCUGGAUGCAUUUGCGACAUCUAACAGAGUUUUGCCUUUUGCAUGAUUUCUUAAGGAACGCUUGCAGCUUAGAUGCUGUGUGGGUGAUGCGUAGGGUUGGGACUUGAAAAUUAAUGUAUGCGUUUGUUUAUUCAGGGAGAAAUAAAACUAGUUCUGCUGUCAGCGGGACCCAGGUUCUAGCAGAAAGGAGCAGCCGGGAAGGAUCUGCCCAGAGGAUGCCUCGGCAACCAAGUGCGAGCCGGCUGCAGAAAGCAGGAGCUUCUGGAAAGAACAGUGGAGGAGGCAAUAGUACCUAAAUAAGGCCUUGGAACUGAUGUAUUUUGAUGCUUGAAACUGUAUAUAAACUAUGCUUGUUAAAACUGCUUGUGUUGUGUGUAUUAACUUGACAAACGUGAUUUGUAAUAUAUGGAA